CUUACCCUAAUCCUUAUUUUUCAUUUCUCGCUCGGCUUUGCUGACUUAAGAGUCGGAGUUUUGCUAACUCAAGAGUUAGAGUAGGAAACGUGCAACAAUAAAAAGGCCUAGUUGCUUGUUGCUUCAAAAGACAGGGUACCCUUCAUUCUCCACACCCCACCUCAAAUAGCAUAAGCAACACUCUCUUCUACUUUUUUCCAUUCUGUUGUCCACACUUUCCACUCACCCUGCCCUUCUUCUCUAAGUAAAAGUAUCAAAACCAGACCCCAUUUCUAAGAUCCUUCAUUGUGCUCCCAAAAACAAUGGGAACAACCUCACCGUGUUGUUUCAUCACGGUGGUUUUCCUUGCUGCUAUUGCUGUUGGUUUGGCAGAUCAGAGCCUGAAAACCACGUCCAAAGAUGAAGUGAAGUGCACACCGUGUGAACUUGCCUCGCCGCCGCCACCAUCUCCUCCGCCGCCGUCUCAGCCUCCGCCUACUCCGACCAGCAACUGCCCUCCACCUCCUUCCCCACCUAGCGGCGGCGGAGGAGGCGGGUCCUACUACUCUCCGCCGCCACCUUCUCAGUAUGUCUACUCAUCACCGCCGCCGCCAGCGUCCACCGGAGGAGGGGGCGGCGGAGGUGGAUACUAUUACCCUCCGCCGAGUCAGGGGUUCAACUACCCGACGCCGCCACCGCCGAACCCAAUUGUGCCAUAUUUCCCAUUCUACUACCACACCCCUCCGCCGUCCACGGCGGCUCCUCUGCCGGUGAGGGGUUCAAUGCUCUUGGCAUUUGCCUUGUUGUCUAUUUUAGUGGCGGUUCUUUGAUAGAAGAAAAAGGGAAAUUGUGGGGGUUAAAAUAAGUGCAUAGAUUAGCAGAUCUAGAAGUUUGCAGGGAAAUGAACUGAAAGUGAGGUCAGUGCAGUGAAAGGACAGUGUACUUAUUUUGAUUCUCUAUUUUUUUCCUCUGAAUUUCUAAUGGUAAUGUAGGUUUGAUCUGCAAUUUGUUCACAAUUGGUAAUUGUAUCUAAUUUUGAUUUUGAUUAGCAUGAAGAAAAACAUAAAGCAGAAGCUACCUUUAUUCA